AUGGGGACAUCCAGCAAUGAUUCAUCCUUGACAAACCAGGGUCAUGACCCCCUCUACGACCCGCAUCCAGUAUACAACCAAUUCACUGACAUAGUCACCAUCCGCGUAGGCAGAUGUCCCUUCGUCAUAGACACCGAGGGCAGAGAACGGGUGCCGGCCUGUCUUUAUGCUCUAUUCAGAAACAUCCAUGUGGAACACUUAGCCACCCUCGAUUUUGAUGAUCCGCACUCCUUCAUUAUGCUGCUUAACUACUGGAGGGCGGCUCCACCUCUGGAAGAUGUUCGACUAGUUGCUCACUUCCUGCUGCGUGAGGCUCGCAGUGUCGAGGAUUGUUUGGCGGUAGUUGAAAAACAGACGGCUCUCUUCAACUUCAAUGUCCUCAAAAUGAUCUUAAAGAAGACCAGGCCACCCAUUCUCUACCUCGACUACGAUACGUGUACAACUAUAGAUGAGUCAAACGUGGUCUUUCCGCUGGGCACCUUUGCUGAUUCCAGAAUGGAUGGCCUCUUUCCCACAGAUAUGGCCAAUGAGGACAGGUUACAGCGGUACUGCAUGGAAACCAACUCGGUGGUCUACCGCCAGCGACUAUCCAUGCAGAUAGCUGCCAUUAAUUGCUACGUUUACAAAGACUUAAUGUGCAUACCAUGCGACUUUCAUCGCGCCGUGGUACGUAACAUCUUCUACAACCUCUGUAUCUUGGUUCGUGAGGUCGCCCUCAGGGAAUUCAGAAAUCAUCGUAUUUCAGGCGGUCCAUUAUUCAUGCCCAGGGCGGUAUUUAAGAGCAAGUACCUUCGUCUAAUUAUUAGCAAAUUAACCUACUAUAUUGCGGAGCAGUUAAUCUGCUUGGAUCCACGCUGGGUGGCUCAAAAGUAUGCCCAAAGCAAUGUGUCGUCGUAUGUGGACACGCAGGAGUGGCUAGAUAACGAAGAGGCUAAAAUGAAACGCAGGGCAAUGAUGAAUAUACUCUGCUGUAACAUCAACUGCCUCUGGCUACGUGGCUGCAAAUUGGAUGAUUUUCGUUUCGACGACGCCUCAAGUGCCAUUGUUGAUCUAUUCAAGGCAGAGGUGGCGAGACGGUUUGUUCCCCUGACUCCUCCCGCCGGCCCUCCAAAUCAGUGA